GAGGGGGCGGGGCGCGGGGCGGCGCGCGCCGGCGCGUGGAGGCCGCGGGCGGCGGCAGAGCGCGCGCGACGAGGGAGGGGCGGGGGCGCGCGGCGGCCGCUGCGGCCUGUGGCGCCGUCACCCGGCAGAUCCGAGCGGGUCGAGAGAGCUGCCGCGGCCGCCACUCCAGCUUGCGGGACGCGCGGGGACUCCCCUCCUGCCGCCAUCCUGCUGUCUGAGGGCAGCGCGGGUGCCGUUAAGCAUGUCGCUGAGGCAACACCUGGCCCUGCUAGCGGGUCGUCUGCAGGACCCGCGGAAAGUGGCCAGUUUCCAGCGACUGUGCGGGGUGGAAGCUCUGCCGAGUCGCUCCACCGCGGCCGCCGCCGACGCGAGAGAAGAUGGGGAGCGAGCAGGGGCGCCGGCAGCCGGAGUCUCCCGGCGCCGUGAGCGGCCACCUGGGGCGUCCGGAGGCUCCCAGCCGCCCGGGAGCGACCGCAAUCAGUGCUCGGCCGCCCCGGACAGCGACGGCGUCCCCAACGGCGUCCGGAACGGGCUGCCUCCCGAGCAGGGCCCGACCUCGCCGCGGGUGGCGGGAGCUCUGCGCCGCAACUCGCUGACGGGCGAGGAGGGCCAGCUGGCCCGCGUGAGCAACUGGCCGCUCUACUACCUGUUCUGCCUGGGCACGGAGCUGGGCAACGAACUCUUCUACAUCGUCUUCUUCCCUUUCUGGAUCUGGAACCUGGACCCCCUGGUGGGCCGGCGGCUCGUGGUCACCUGGGUGCUGGUCAUGUACGUGGGCCAGUGCACCAAGGACAUCGUGCGCUGGCCGCGGCCCGCCUCGCCGCCCGUCAUCAAGUUGGAGGUCUUCUACAACUCCGAGUACAGCAUGCCCUCCACCCACGCCAUGUCGGGCACCGCCAUCCCCACCACCAUGGUCCUCCUCACCUAUGGCCGCUGGCAGUACCCUCUUAUGUAUGGACUGAUUCUUAUUCCCUGCUGGUGUUCUCUAGUUUGUAUAAGUAGAAUUUACAUGGGAAUGCACUCCAUUCUGGAUAUUAUUGCUGGAUUCCUAUAUACUCUUUUAAUCUUAGCUGUCUUCUAUCCAGUUUUGGAACUGAUUGACAACUUCAACCAAACUCACAAAUACGCUCCAUUAAUCAUCAUUGGGCUUCAUUUAGCCUUGGGAAUUUUUUCCUUCACUCUUGACACAUGGAGUACAUCCCGAGGAGACACAGCAGAAAUUCUAGGAAGUGGUGCUGGAAUUGCCUGUGGAUCUCACAUUGCCUAUAAUUUGGGUCUAAUGGUAGAUCCUUCUCUGGAUAUGUUACCUCUAGCUAGGCCCCCUGUUACUGUGACUCUGCUAGGAAAAGCCAUAUUACGAAUCCUCAUAGGGAUGGGGUUUGUACUAAUCGUCAGAUUUAUAAUGAAAAAGACCACCAUUCCUUUAGCCUGUAAAAUCUUCAGUAUUCCAUGUGAUGAUAUCCGUAAAGCAAGACAACACAUGGAAGUUGAACUUCCUUAUCGAUAUAUAACAUAUGGAAUGGUUGGCUUAUCUAUUACAUUCUUUGUUCCUUACAUAUUUUCCUUUAUUGGUCUCUCUUGAUGGAGAAAUACUGUUUCUGAUAAUAAAGGAGGAUAUCAGUUACUGAUGCCUAAAAAUACAUUCUAGUGAAAAGCCAAAUCAGAGUUAGGCUUUUGCAGGAAUUUAACUUAAAUACUUAUUUAAGUAAAUUCAUGAGUCAGUGCAUCUUACCAUUGCACAUACAAAUAGCGUUUUAAGUGAGCUGAGUUAUUUCAACUCUGAGAAAUAUGAUAAGUAUCCAUUUAGAACUUCAAUAUUUGGAGAGUUUUGUGCUGCUGUGGGUUCAAGUUAUAUAUAAUAUAUAUUGAGGUACAUAAUACACAGUUAUGUAUCAAAUAUGUGUUAUAUAUAUAUAAUAAUCUACCUAAGUUGUUUUUAACUGUGGGAAUGUAUUAUAAAGUCAGUAAUAAUAUGCAAACAGUUGUGCCUGUGUAUUUGGACUUAAUGCAGGUAUGUUGUUAUUAAUAGUCAUAUUGAACAUUUAUUUACUAUGGGAGCCAUUUCCCAAUUGAUUUGCAUAAUUACUAGGCCACACUCUUCAUAUGCUGCCACAUAUUGAUUUACUGCCUCUUUACACUGCCAUCACCUUUCAUGUUACCCAUGAUAUCAAACAUAGGAGGCAUUUUAAUGGACCAAAUUUUUAGUAAAAUAGUUUUUGGAUUCCUCUUUCCCCAAUUAUGUUGAAGGUACCUUAUUUUCAGUUGUUCAGGAUAUCAGUUUAACAAUUCAGGUACUGAUUUUUAUUGCUUGCUAGUUGUGCCUUUUUGUUUUUGAUUUAAGAAAUGCUAUGUAUACUGUGAUCUAAAAAUAAGACUGAUAUAUGUAUAAUCACAGAAUUAUUUUAAAUAUAUAUGUCAAGCUAACAGGGCUAAAAGUAAGCCACUUUCAAUUAUAUAAUCUUUGUUUAGAAAGAAAUGUGGAAUGGGUUAGUCUUUCUCAAUAAUUUACCAGGAAGCUAGAUGGAUAAUUACUUCCAUUUUGUAGAUAUUUUUCUGUGCAUUGUAAGUUAGUGAACAAAAUAUAUUUUUUGUACAUUGUCUUGAUUGUUUAUACUGCAAGUUGAUAUUUCCAGUGAAUGGAAAGCUAUUGAAGUUUGUAGAUGGGACAAUGCACAUGCUUCAUAUGUAAACAAACCAUUUUUCUAAAUUAUUUGGACAGGAUCAGAUUUAACAGUGUUAUCUUUUAAUGCACAUUUACUAGCUUCUAAGAUAGAUCAUAAAACUUGAAAGUACCAAUAUUUAGAUUCUAUUCUUUUUUCAACUCAUUAUUUUCAGAGUGGAAAAUUUAUCUGUUCUUUAUUCUGUCUGUGCCUUUCUUUAUAUUUUGAUGUAUAAUUGUAAUUAGGUUACCAUUAGGUUUAUUUGUAGUAGGUUUUUCACAAGAGAAUUAACUUUCCAUAUAAAUGAGCAUCAGGUAUAGAAUUACUGGCUUCAGUGCAAUAUCUGUCUGAUUAUCCAGAAAUAUCUCUUAAGAUGUUAUUAUUUUGGGUGGCAUAGCUAUUUGAGCUCAUAUUUUUCUAACUCUGAGAAUAUGGGGACAUGGUAACUUUUACCAAGACUGAACCUGAUAAUUUAAGAAAAAGUAACUAAAUUUGGCGUCUUUUACCCAUUAGUUAAAAGGAAAGUAGGACAUUUAGGAACACAUUGGUGCGCUGGAAAAUGUAUAAAGAACUUUUCUUUCAAAAUGUGUUUAAUGAGUUGAAUUUUAGGGACUAUUUUCCAUAGUUUGGGUCUGUACUCUUCCAUUAAUUUUUGUAUGUAGUUUAAGAAGAGUUUGGAAAUACUCCAUUUCUUUGUGUUUUAUUUUCUGUUCUGUGAUAAUUCCAUGCUAAAUGUAUUUUAAAAAUAAAAGUAAAAUUCUGGAUUGAA